AUGGAUCGCUCAGAUAUCUCCGUUGUCGCGGUUGAAUUGUCCGGACAUCGACCUGGUAAAGCGAUGGUGCUUCGUGGUGACAGCCUCCAGUCUUCUAAACUUCCCCCAAUGCAACCGCAUCCGAUGAAACCGAUCCCAAUGGAUGGACACUGGGAGAACAGCGCGUCCAACGGCGUUCCGCGCGCGCCUCCCACCCACAUCCACUCACCACACCCGCAGCGAAAGGACUCCCAUCGCGCGCACUUUCGAUCUCAGCGCCCUACCUCGCCGCCGAGCGGCAGCGAAUACUCGGGCGCAAGUAGGGAGGGGGAACAGGGCCCUCGAAGCCCCGGCGGGUUGUCGAAUUCAGACAAGUCCAAGGCGGGAUCAACCGAGCAGCGCUCGAACACGCCUGCCUUGUAUGACCUGCCUCAAGGCCGAUCGACAGGCGCGGUGGCGGUGCGCCUUUUGUUACUUACGCGUGUGCGGCGAUUGCGCCAAGGGGAUCUCGAACUGCAAGGAUCGCUCGUUGAUGGAGUUUCUCGAGAAUCUCGUACAGGAUUUGGAAGGCCCAGCAUCAUGACGGCUCUGCUCCUUCGAAUGCAACACCAUUUUCCCAUUCAUGAACCCCCUUUGCCGCCGAAUUUGUCGAUAAACUUUGAGCUGGCGUUGCAGAACAUAGUACAGGGCGUUGAUAUGACCUGCUUUGCUUUCGGGUUUUGGGGUAUAUUUCAAGCUGGGCGCUAUUGGGACGACGAUAUUAAUUCAAUUCCUGAUUUGAAAAAGGCUACGUUUCCUUAUUACGGCGGAUAUGGGUUGAUUGCUGUGAUACCGCGAUCCAAGGUCUUCUCUCCCGAUCGGACAAAUCGAACGGAAAUGCGGAGGUUCUCCCCCCAACAUUCGACCAACCACGGUCCACGCAAGCCGGAGCAACCCAGUUUGGAAGAUGAGAUCAAGCUCGAAUUUGCUUCCUCGUCGACGAAGAGGGCGUUUCGCCUUAUCUCCGCGCUAUUUUAG